CACUCUCAUCUGCUGUCAUACACGUCAGGCAAUUGUCAAUUAGUGAAUGAUAAGCCUCCACCAACUUACCAAUAAGGAUGGCGACGAAUCGUGUGAAAACUCGUGAAUUAAAAACAGGAGAAGUCGUGGCUUACAGCGAGGCGGCGAUACGAAACAAUGCAGCUGCUGUGGAAUAUUGCAGAACAUCGAUGGCGGCGCUGUCGGGGUGCACAGCAGGAAUUCUAGGACUUACUGGGGCCUUGGGCUUCCUCUUCUACAUAGUUGCGGUACUAGGGCUGUGGUGUAUGCUCCUGAUGAAGUCGGGAUCGAAUUGGCAGAAGUAUUUCAUUAGUCGGCAAAGUCUACUCACAAAUGGAUUCCUAGGGGGGCUAUGCACGUACGUUUUAUUCUGGACAUUCCUUUAUGGGAUGGUUCACGUUUAUUAGGGAUAGGCGAUAAGGGAAUAAAUAGUAUUAGAUCUUGUUUUGUGGAAAUAUUUGUACGCGUUAUGUGUAAUUUAUUCGAGAAAACAUUGGGGAAAAAUAAAAUGUGAAAAUGAU